AUGUUCAAACGUGCCUUCAAAGUUGUACUACGACCUGUGGUUAAAAACAACUUUGUAUUGUUGCCGGAAAGCUACUACAAGGUGGUGUCCACAUAUGACAAUGGCUGUCUACAAUUGCAAUACGAAGGACGCACACACUACGUAUCUUGGGCCCCUGAAGGCAGCAGUAAAGACAACGAAAUUGCGAUAAACGCAAGAGUUGCAAAAGAGAUAGGUCUUAAUGAAAACGAUUUCGUAAAAUGCACCCUUGUCGUAGAUGUGCCAAUAUUGCGAAAUGUUUUUCUUACGCCAGUUUCGAGUAAGGAUUGGGAGAUAAUCGAGCUCAGUAGCGACCAAAUCUCGGAUAGUGUUUUAGAGCAGACGCGCAUUGUCAAUUCAAAUCAAAUUUUAAUAGUUUGGGUAAAUAAAUCUAUUCAAGUGGCGCUGACUGUUGAUCGCUUGAAACCUAAUCUUACUCAUGGAAGAAUUGACCAUACGACGCAGCUGAUUAUAUCGCCUGACGUGGCCCAUAGCAACUCGAACGGAGAAGCCGAAGGUAUAUUGCGUAGUAAAACAACAUCUAGUAUUGUUAAUGGCGAUCAUAUGGACGGUUUCAAACAGCAACUGUCCAAAUCGUCGACCAAUAAACAAAUGAAAAAUAAUCAGAACUUGGCUAAAUCUAGCCGACUUGACAAAAUGGAACGUUUGAAGAAAGACUUAUGUCGAGAAGCGUGUAAAUUUGUCGAGUUUAGAGUUAUAUCUGGUUCGUGGUCAAAUGAUUCACAAAUAUCAGAUGUUUACGUUAACGGUGUUAACUGGCCAGCCAAUAUGGAUCCCAUGUCAAUUUACUGUCUGCGUACAAUUGAAGAUCGAGAAUACUACGUUCGUAUACAUUUAGUGAGUGCAAGCGAAUUAUUGCCAACCAUUCAUCCCACCAUAGAAAUUAGUGCAAAUCUGAUUAAAAUUUUAAAAUUGAAAGAAUUGGAAAAAGUUGUUCUUAAGCCCAAACCUAUGGUUGUCAACUUUGUGGAAAAAAUAGAAUUGUUCGCUCACAAGAAAACACAUUAUAAGGUCAUUGAGAACGCUUUUAAACGUUUUGUAAGACAGAAGACUGAGACAAGCCCGCUUUUGCUCAACCAAAAUGAGGUUGUGCGCCUAGAAGAUGACCUUGUUGUGACCGUUGGAAUUCUGCCAGAACACUUUCAUUAUUGCGCAGUCGAUUCGCAAUUUUUGAAGGAAAGUAAGAUAUAUGCAGCUGAUGUGGUGCGUAACGUUGAUGAGAUCCUAUUUGCAAGUCCACCUGUAGUAUCUCCACUCUUUUCGAAAGAUAUUAUAAAGCUACGUGAUUUUGAUUUAAAACUUGAGGAUCUGAUAAGCGAAUUGAGAAGUAAUCUUUGUUUAGAUUCCAAAAAUUCGGUUUUAAGGCAGGCGAAUAUUCUUUUGACAGGAUCGUCUGGUGCUGGAAAGACGGUUCUGGUUGAGCGCAUACUUAAUGAGCUGGUUCGCAAACCUUUCUUCUGCCAUUUUGAAAUAUUUAAUUGUACUCGCAGUAAAGGACGAAAGGCCGAGUCCGUACAGAAAGAUUUGCGUACAGUAUUUACAACAUGUUUACAAAAUGCCCCUUCCAUUGUGGUUUUGGAAAAUCUAGAUGUUCUGGCACACGCAUCGAAUGACCAGGCAACUCAAGACAGUGAAUACUUCAAUAGAAUAGCCGACGUUGUCCAUCAGCUUAUUGCUCAAUAUACGACUCAUCAUCCGAUUGCCGUUAUAGCUACAUCAAACGAAGUUCAUUCGCUUAAUAAACGUUUAUACUCACCUCGAGGCCGCCACCUUUUCCAGACUAUUGUAAAUCUUCCGGGGUUGGAAAGGAACGAUCGAGAAGUUGUACUCAAGGAACUUUGCAGCCAUAUUGAAACGGAUAAACUUGAUUUUGGGCGGUAUGCCCUUCUAACGGAAGGCUACAACAAGGGCGAUUUGGUACAAUUUAUCGAGCGAGCUAUUUUUUAUGCUUAUAGAUUAAGUAAAACACGUCCAAUUCUUUUAAAUGAACAUUUGAAAAAAUCUUUGGAAAACACAAAUUCGUACUGCCUUAGAGGAAUAGAGAGUCACCAGUCCACAGAUCAAAAUUCCGAUAUGGAUGAUACUUGUGAUGAAAACAAGGUACACGGUUUGGAAUCUGUAACAUCCGUUCUAGAGGAAGUUCUAAUGUGGCCAUCGCGGUAUCCAAAAAUUUUCAAUAAAUCGCCAUUACGAAACCAAGCUGGUGUUCUUCUGUAUGGUCCUCCUGGCACUGGAAAAACGUUUUUAGUGUCGAAACUUGCUAAAAUGUGGAACCUGCGUACUAUAUCUGUCAAGGGUCCAGAAUUGUUAGCAAAAUAUAUAGGACAAAGUGAGGAGAAUGUUCGCAAUUUAUUCAAUAGGGCACGGAGUGCAAAGCCGUGUGUUCUAUUCUUUGAUGAAUUUGAUAGUUUAGCACCCAAACGUGGUCAUGAUUCUACUGGUGUAACUGACCGUGUUGUAAAUCAGUUGUUAACCGAGCUAGAUGGUGUUGAAGGAUUACAGGGUGUAACGGUCAUAGCUGCAACAUCUCGCCCAGAACUAUUGGACCCAGCGUUACUUCGUUCAGGCCGUAUUGAUCGAUUGGUAGAAUGUUCACUGCCGGACUUUUCUGCACGACUAUCAAUUUUUGAAUCAUUGUCUGCAACACUAUGCCUCGAUGAAACUGUGGAUUUCGCCUAUUUUGCCGAGAGAUCCGAAAACUACAGUGGUGCUGAUAUACAGAGCAUCCUAACGUCGGCUAACAUGAUCGCUGUAAAAGAAGCUAUUGCUAAUUUCGGACAAGAGAAAAUCGCCGAAAAAGUCACCAUUAAGCAGACACAUCUUCUUGAGGCCUUUAACCAAACUAGACCUUCGCUCAAUAAGUCUGACGUUGAACGAUAUCAGAAAACCUAUGCCAGAUUUACUAACAAGGAAAGGUCUUCUCGAGAUUAUGUAUCAAAACGUGCCACGUUGGCCUAA